CGUGAUUGACAAACUCGACGGACCAAUGGGAGAGCCGUACUCACGAGAGUGGCACGUGGUCGGACCAAUCGCAGCGCUCCCCGGAGGGCACCCACGGUGGAGCGUGGAGGGGGGCGCGCGCUGGCUGAGUGCGCGCAGAAAGCAGCUACGCAGGAGAGAGGGGCAGAAGCCGAAUGGUGGAGCUGAAGAUGGCGGAUGGCGACAGCGGGAGUGAGCGCGGUGGUAGCAGCGGGGGAGGAGGCGGAGGCGGCUUCCAGCACUUCCAGCGGGACCAGGAGACCCAGGAGCUGGCGUCCAAGCGCCUUGACAUCCAGAACAAGCGCUUCUAUCUGGACGUCAAGCAGAACAGCAAGGGCAGGUUCAUCAAAAUCGCCGAGGUAGGGGCCGGGGGCUCCAAAAGUCGCUUGACCCUCUCCCUGUCAGUGGCGGCGGAGUUCCGUGACUACCUCGGGGAUUUCAUCGAGCACUACGCCCAGCUGGGGCCUAGCAGUCCGGAGCAGAUAGCCCAGGCUUCUGUGGGGGAGGACGGCGGGCCCAGGCGAGCGCUCAAGAGCGAGUUUCUCGUCCGGGAAAACCGCAAGUACUACCUGGACUUGAAGGAGAACCAGCGGGGGAGGUUCCUGCGGAUCCGGCAGACCGUAAACCGUGGACCUGGCUUUGGAGUCGGGGGCCCUGUGGGCGGCAUGCUGGCCGGCCAGACCAUAGCCCUUCCGGCCCAGGGGUUAAUAGAGUUUAGAGACGCCCUUGCUAAGCUCAUAGAUGAUUACGGGGGAGACGACGAGGAGCUGACCGGGGGCACCGCCGCCGGGGGCUACGGAGAGCUCCCCGAGGGCACCUCCAUCAUGGUGGACUCCAAACGGUUCUUUUUCGACGUCGGGUCCAACAAAUACGGAGUGUUCCUGCGUGUGAGCGAGGUGAAGCCCAGCUACAGGAACUCUAUCACCAUCCCGUUCAAAGCCUGGAGCAAAUUCGGAGGAGCUUUCUGCCGAUACGCCGAGGAGAUGAAGGAGAUCCAGGAGAGGCAGCGGGAUAAGAUGUACGAGAGGAGGGAUGAGUCCGAGGGAGACGACGUGGAUGACGACUGAGAAAACUAAAGUCAAACAGCUGUUAGUCCAGUUACACGACAGAUCUGCAAUAUAGGGGUAUUUUGCAAAAAAAAGAGAAAAAAAAAAGAUAAAGUGCAUGACAAAUCGUGCUGUAAUAGCCUACUAAAGUAUCGUGGCGUUAAAAAAAAAGUACAUGUGCAGGGAAUUAUUGGUGUAUUAUCCUAAAGUUUGUAGGGUUGAGGGUUGGAGUGGUUGUGUGAAUCUGAAAGUGGAAAAAAAAAGUGGACUAAAUGUGUAAAUGAGAUAUAUCUCAUUGGCUGAAAAAAAAAGUGUGCUUUAUUGUAAAAACGACAAAAAAAAGAAGAAAAAAGAAAGGAAAGAGAGAACCUACUAAAACCAGCAAAUUGGUUUUUAUAACUAGAAAAUGAAGCCAAUGAAUGCUUUCCUAUCUGCAACAUAGUUUAUAUUUAAAGAGUGAGGAGUCAACCUGUUUAAGAUGUUUUCCUUGCUCACUCUUAAGGAGCGAAGAGAGCGAGCAUCCAUUGUACUUCCUGUUCCGGUCCAGGUCUCUCCUCAGUGGGCAGUUUUGUGGGAAUUUCUUUGCAAGUCAGUCAGAUGAACCUGAGAGGAAUGUCUAGAGAGCUGCUGUCGCUCUGUGGAUGCUUUGCGUUAGAUGUGUCAGCAGAUGAGGAGCUGUCAAACAACACGGAGCCCAGCAGCAGCAGCAGAAGGCCGUUAAUUAAAAAGACUACCCAAAAAAAUGUUAGUGGAAGUUACUGAGAGGAUUAUCUGUAAGCCCAAACAACAAGGGUCUCGCGGACUAAAUUAAAGUUUUGACUCCAGUAGUCAAUUACAGUGCGGAUCAGCUGGGUUUUAUGUUAUACAUACAAUCUUUGCAAUAUUUUCAAAGCAUAAUUCAGAUAGUUUGACGUAUAAGAUUCACAUUCAGCGAGGACUGGCGAGCGGCUUGUUUCCUGACUCCAGAGCAUCCCUGGUGUCUGAGAGCGGCUGCUCUCUGGAAGGCCAACACACUGGGAGAGGACUUGUCUUUUGUGGAACGACGCACAGAUAAUAUACAUGAGACUUUUUAACGAUGCUCAUUUUUGCUCCCUCAUGCCACUACAAGGGACCAGACACCCGGCAAGAGCGUCUGUGAUCUUCUAGCUCAGCCGUGGCCUGCAGAGCAUCGGCGGCUGGUUUUCGCCCAUCAGCCUCUCUGUCGUGGUCAGAGCUGGACGGACGUCCGUCUCCACCAGCCGCAGGCCGCGCUCGGACAUAACUGACAACAUCUUCCAACACGUGAAGACCCUGGACAGAAACGCAGUGAUGGAUGUUUUCUUUUUGUUUUUGUUCAUUUUUUUCUUGUUUUUUUUUUUUUUCAAAAGAGAACUAUAUUGAAAUGAGAUUCUACUUAUAGGAAAGAUAUUACCAAACAAACCAGCAAAAGAUAUUUUCAAAUACUUAUAAAGGAAAAUGUAUUGUGUAUAAAAAAAAAAAAAGAAGAAUUUCAAGACUAAAAAAUAAAAGAAAAGGUUAAUUUCUUAAAACAAAGUUGUGACUCAAACCUCCAGAUUAUUUUUCAUUUUGUUUUUCCUAGAGUGAAAGUAUAACACUUCCUUAAUUAAAACUACUUUAAAUGCAAUAACCAACGUUGUGACUGUAUAUUUUUAAAUCUCUGUAUUCAUAUGUGAAUGUAACAUGUUCCGCAGCCUGAUUAUUUUCAUUAUCGAUUAUUCUAAUGAUUAUUUUCUCAAUUAAUUGAUCAGUAUUGGCCUGUGAAGUGUCAAAAUUGUGGUGGUGACAUCUUUAAAUUCUAUUAUCCUCAAAUUUUAAUAAUAUGAAACAGAAAACCAGCAAAUCGUCACACUUGAGAAGCAGGAACCAGAGAAUAUUGUUUUUACUUGUUUAUAGCAUCAUCUUUUUUUUUUAAACAUAUUUUCUGUCUCUGAAUCAAAAUCUCUUCUAAUUUCUUGCUGAUGUUUUUUGUCCGAAGUUGCGUGAUGAACAGAGAAAACCCGCGCUGGGAAAAUCCAGCAAUGUCAAAUCCAGACCGGGAUUACUGUGCUUUCACUUAAGAGGUCAGUGUGAGGAUUUAAAAAGACGCCACAUGCAGAAUCUAAGGCCUCAGCCACAUUGAAAUAAGUCCACGGCUGCAACUGACAAUUAUUUUCAUUUUCAGUUAUUUGUUUGGGCAAUAAUAUGUCAGGAAGUGUUGGAAAUGUUUAUUGAAAGUUCUUAAAGCCAGAGAUGACGUCGUCAGAAGUCGAAGAUUCAGUUUAUUAUUAUUAUCAGAGAAGAUAAAGAUCCUCACAUUCGAGAAGCUGGAAACAGAAUAUUUGUCAUUUUUCUUUUAUAAAAAUUACUUAAACAAUCGAUCAAUUAUUAAAAAUUGUUGCCAAUUAAUUUUCUGUUGGUCAACAAUCUGUCUUUUUAUGUUAUUGUGAGACCAGAUCUCAAAAGGAAGAAGCUCUGAAUAUGUGAGCGACGAUCCUGUUGAUCUGAUCUGAGUUUUACUCAUUCAGGAUGUAAAAGGCGACAAAAGAUUAGAAUUAGAUCUUAAAAUUAAAAGUUAAUCAAUGGAUAACGUGACAAAAACGUGCAACAAAAUGAACCUAAAGUAUCAGAAGUGAAAUGACUAUUAUUGUAUUAUUGGAUCAAUAUUAUUGAUGUAUGAAGUUAAAUGUUGUAGCUGGUCGAGGUGGAGUUCAACUGCUGCUGUUAUCAGGCAUCGUAUUUUAUAAAUUAAAAGACUUUUAAAAUCUGAAA